CAUACAUACAACAGAAGUAGGUUCAAAACUGGGGCUAGGAUCACCUGCCACCACAGAACUAAGUCACACAAAGCUGAUUCCUCAGGAGAGCCUGGAAUUCUCAAGAGUAGGCGUUGCCAGGGGACCAUACCAGUAUUAGCAACACGCCAGAGCCCCAGGGCCAGAAUUUCCUAACUGCGGUUAAAGGCGCGGCUGUGAUGGGAGGAGAAGCUCAAGCCCUGGAGUAGCACGGCCACACGUGAAGUCUCAGCCGCAGCUGCCUUCUUCACUUUCGUUUCCCAGGGAUCCUGGAUCUGUGGGCACAGCGGUUUCGUUUCCGAGGCGUGGCGGAGGGCGCGGCCCGGGAUGCCCAUGGCCCUAAUAAGCCGCCCUCGAGCCCCGCUGUGGCUCGGGCGACUGUCCCGGAGGCUGUUCGCGCGACACGGGGCCUGCACAGAGACCAUGGCUCGGCCGCGGCGCUUCACUGUGGAGUUGCCUGAUUGCUCCCUGACUCACUUCGUCCUGGAGGACGCGGCAGGCCACAGGGAUGCACGUCUGGUAGAGCUGCUAGGGCCCCCCGGACGCAGCUACGCGCUGUGUGUGCCCCUGGCUCCAGGCGAAGGCUGCGGGCCCCGGGUGCAGGCGGCCCGGGUGCACCAGCGCCUGCUGCAGCAGCUGCGCCGGGGUCCUUUGCAGAGGUGCCAGCUGAACAAACUGCUGGGCUACGGUCCGGGCGAUCAGGCCGGCGAAGCUCAGCAUGGCUUCCUGCUGCGCGACCCUUGCGACCACCCUGACACCCGGCGCGACUUGCUCCAGCUUCUGGGCUCCUGCCAGGAGGCGGCGCGUCCGCAGUUGGCCGAGUUCCAGGCGGACUCCCAGGGUUUGCUGUGGCAGCAUCUGUGGGAGUUGCAGGGAGACAGGCCGGUGCAGGUGGAGUGCGCAUGCGUCCUGCCGGCACAGGAGCCUCAUUUGCAUCCAUUGCUGCCAGAUCUGCUGAACUCUGCGGUGUUCCAAGACCGGGACGCUGCACGGGCUGUACUGGAGGAGUGCACAUCCUUUAUUCCAGAAGCCCGGUCAGUGCUUGACCUGGUUGACCAGUGCCCAAAGGAGAUCCAGAAAGGGAAGUUCCAGGUCAUUGCCAUUGAGGGACUGGAUGCCACUGGUAAGACCACACUGACACAGUCAGUGUCAGAGUCUCUCAAGGCUGUCCUCCUACAGUCGCCACCCCCCUGCAUCAGCCAGUGGAGGAAGAUCUUUGAUGAUGAACCUACUAUCAUUCGAAGAGCAUUUUAUUCUUUGGGCAAUUAUCUCGUGGCUUCUGAAAUCGCUAAAGAAUCAGCCAACUUUCCUGUUAUUGUAGACAGGUACUGGCAUAGCACAGCCACCUAUGCCAUAGCUACUGAGGUGAGUGGAGGCCUACAGUACCUUCCCCCUGCCCACCACCCUGUGUACCAGUGGCCAGGAGACCUGCUGAAGCCUGACCUGGUCCUGCUGCUUACUGUGAAUUCUGAGGAGAGGAUGCGGAGGCUGCAGGGCCGGGGCCUGGAGAAAACGAAAGAAGAGGCUGAACUUGAGGCCAAUAAUGUGUUUCGGCAGAAGGUGGAAAUGACAUACCAGCGUAUGGAGAACCCAAGCUGCCAUCUGGUCGAUGCCAGCCCCUCGAGAGAGACCGUGCUGCAGACAGUUUUACAGCUGGUCCAGACUACUGGUCGUUAAUUGUAGUUGCUCUGGUCAGGUUCCUCACUACCCCAGAAGAGAUGUUGUGUGAUGCACCAAAACCCAACACUUGUCAUUCAGCUUCUUAUACCUAGGCUACUUAGUGGAAAAGACUGGAAACUGAGCAGUUUGCUUUCCUUCUGAGUGCCUGAGCCAGCCACAGCUGCUGAUUUAUUUCUGCUUGGCCGUGUACCACCAUCUUGGGAUAUAUUUUAACACCCUGACUCCCUGAUCCAGUGGAGAGCCUGCUGUAGGUCUUCCUGCACCUGGGAGCUAAGGAUGUCAGCUGUGGCCCACACUGAUCAAUUGUGAUGAGCUAGCCUCAUUUGGUUUUACCCCAAACCCUAUAACUAAGGAUUGUUACAGAGCCUGGCUGUCCAAGGACAUUCCCUUAGAGCCAUUCAUGAGUGAGGACACUUGCAAAGCCAUUGAUCUUACUUCAGAGAAUCAAGGAACAUCUUGGACAGUGCCACUGAGUGAGCGCCUCAGAAUUGAAUAGAUAUGUGCCUCUGAACUGCAAAUGCUCCAAACCCCUCUUGUUCUCUUUUGCUUGUCUGUAUCUGUAUUCCAUUUCUCAACUCUGAAAUCUCAUUCUGAGUGUAAUGAGCAGUCUGCACUGAUCUGGAUGCAUUGCACUUACCCAACACACCAAUUUGUUUAUAUUGAUGUUUACAUAAUGUGUUUCCUCAGUGUAGGAGCUGUGUGUGAGUCACACACACAAACUGAGGCCAAGGAGCUAAAUGCAGCAUUUGCUCAAUGUUUUCAUUACACAAAUUUAAUUUAUCUUAAUAAGCACCGUGGAUUCUGGAAUGAGACUUCAUAGUAAAUUAUCAUGUACUUUGAAUGUCUUCUGAUUGCAUGUGAAGUCAGCUUUGAGGGCUCUUUAGAGAGAGAAUAGAGCCAUGGAAGAAAAGCCUGGCGGCUCUGUAGCCUUGGCUUAGUCACUUAACAUUGAUAAUGUCAACAGUUUGAUCUGAAAGGGGGCAGUUGGUGGGCCUCCAGAAAUAUUUACAUGGAAGACCAAGAAAGGAAAAUUGAAAGAUUAGGUGUAAGUUCAGAACUAGCCUGGGCAGUGAAGUGAGACCUUGUCUCAAGAUAAAAGCUACAAAGAGGACUGGGGGUAACACUCCAUAGUAGAAUACUAUACUGAAUAUUCUAUCCCUGGAUCCAUUCCCAGUAGUAUAAGAAUAAAAAUACAAACAGAAAAACAAACAAUAAAAGGAAUUAAGUCAUAUUUGGUCAUAAGGAGGUAGCUGGACCAGAUUAUUACUUAACAUUCCAGUUCCUGUGUGGAUGCCUCCCUACAUCAUUUUGAUACCAAGUCCCAUUCCUUAAGAAGAAUCUAUCCCCAAGUAAUUAUAUUAAAUUACAUGAAAGCCUUAUAAGGUUUACCCUAAUCUUAAACUAUAAUAGGAUGUAAUGUUAACAUCUCAAUAUUUUUCACUUUUGGGACUAUGAGUAACUUAUAAAUAAUGUGUCUAUGUAUAUAAAUUUAUUGUUGGCUUCUGUUGAACAUAUUUUUAAGCUGAUAAAUAACAUUAAGGCUCUCUGUAAUGUGGCAGCUACUCCCAUGAAGGGUUUUGUUCAAGCCUCUCUGAGAUGAUUGCACCAGAGGCUGAGAAGAGAGUCUUAGUGCUCUCUUCAUGAAACCUGCCAGUGAAUAAAGUUGCUCUGACUUCCCUAACCCAAUUUGUCAUCAUGGCUGUGUGAAAGACUUGUCAGAAUAUUUCCCUGUAAGUUUGUCUUUCCAUAGUCAGAGGUUCUUACGUAUGUGAGAAAGUGGAGGCUAUGAGUUUGGGGCUGAGUGGACUCGGUAGUUGUGUGUUUAUGGGUGUCCUGAGUCCACUCCACCCUAGGGCUUGGGCCACUGAUGGAGGCCAGACUUGGGAGUUUUUGACUGCGCUUACCCUACGCUGGUGCUGGGCAGGAGUCAGGCUAUGGGAAGCCAUGAGACCUUGCUCCGGGGUGGGGAACACAGUUGAAGGUCCCCGGGGACUACUGGAGCUGGCUCAGGGGUCCCUGGGCCUGCUAGGAGGCCAUGGGCAUCUGGUUCUCAUGCUGUACUGAGCUAGCCGGGCGGAACUGCUGGGAGCUGCAGAAGAGCUGAGAACGGAGUAGGGGCCAGUGGGCUGGAUCUAGCCUGAGGUGAAGGGUAAAAGAGGGGAGAGCUCCAGCUGGAUCCCUUGAGGGAGGAGAGUCCUUGGCUUGUCCAGCAGGCGACUUGGUUUGGGGGAGGCCGUGGCUGGGAGCACUGAGAGGCCUUUACUGUCAUGGUAGAGAGUGGUGAUGAUUAAAACUAUACCACUUUCUCAGGACAAUCCUGAGGUUAAAUACCUUUUGCAUGGAGGAGUGUCUGGGAAGGGGAGUUUAUUGGUUAAGCCUCCAGGGCUUUAGGUACCUCAUUAAAAUGGAGAUCUGUGUGACCUGUGGUCAAGUCCUCUACCUGUAGAGGGGCUUCGGGUGUUGCCCUUACGUGACUGAUGGCCACAGGAUUAUGGAGGGCUGCGGCCUCCUGUCAAGUUCCUGGUGUCCAGGAGCAUGGCAAAACGCCUACUGUUCCUUGCAGGGUUAUCUGGGGUCACUAGGGUUUCCAACCUAGCUCAACCAGAUACCCGGGCUGCCUUUCACGGUCCUACCAGUGGUCAAUGGACUUUAGUGAGGGAAGAUUUGUUUCAACCAUUAUUUUCCCACUAUAAAUAUCAAAAGGAUUUUUAAAAUUCCAUUAUCCAUCCAACUGAUUGGUUGAUGACACUUUGGGGCUCCUACCAAUGCCAAGAUGCAGAUAGCUUUGCUCAAUGUAAGGUUAGCCGUAUUCUUAUUCUGUGAUGCCUUCUUUCAUUCUUAGUAAUGGCAGUUCAGCAUAACACAUGACUGCUAAUACUACAGAACCCAGGUCUGAGUUUCUCAUGCACUUAGAUGUGCCUGAAUGACUGAGUCUGGUAGAAGGAACAAGAGGAAUAUCAAAUGGAUAUGGCCCCUUUUUCCUUCUGUCCCUGCUGCAUUCAAAUAGUAGCCAGGAGAAGAUCCUCCAGAGGGGAGCAGGAUAGGUGUGCUGAAUGACAAGGUCUUUGCUGCUUAGGGGUACACAAAAUAGAUGGGAAGUAAUGGUCAUAGGUUUCAUGUACCUAAGGUGUAACUUCCCAUUGUUUGCUCCCCAACACUCAUGUGCACCCACUUUCCUACUGUGCUAGUUAAUAUUGAUUUACAACUUGACAGGAUCUAGGAUCACCCAGGAUACAGACCUCUGGUCAUGCCUGUGGGAGAGAUAUUUGAGGCAAGAAGAUCCACUAUUAACAAUGGUAGCAUCCUUUCUUCUAAUAGGAUCCUGAGAUGGCUGGAAAGGAGAGGAUGAGCUAAGUACUAGCACUCAUUGGCCUCUGCUUCCUGACUGCAGAUGCAGUGUGACCUCACACUUUCCUCCUCUGCCUUUCCACCAAGAUGAACUGUACAAUCUUCAACUAUGAGCCAAGUUGAGUCUUUUCUUUGUUAAGUUGCCCUUGUCAAGUAUUUUGUCUCAACAGUGGGAAAAGCAGCUAGGACUCCUGUUAGCAGUCUUAAAUGGAUGCACAGGCUCCUAGACACGGUUGGAUAUCUUGGAACCCCUUGCAGCUAUGUGAGCUUUAGAAUAUGGUCUGGCUGGUGAGGUGUGACCAACAGGUACUAAAUAAUACCACUCCAGGACUGUUGUUUGUACAGAGUCAUGCUUGGGUCGGUGGUGCUUCUCUGUCUUCUGCUGGCUAGAGGACAAUCAGACCUGGAAGAGAUGCUUUGGCUUGAGAGAGGGAAGUUAGAGGUGAGGUGACAGAGUGCAUCUACCAGCCAGGACUGUUUACCCUUGAGCUCUAUGGGAGACCAGCACACAUUUCGUUGAGUAAAGCUCCCCACACAAUCUCCCCUCUUGAUCUUAUUAUUUUAUUAUUUUGAACAUAUACCCAAUUUGCAUUCAUUUACUCUAUAGUGAGUUUGUAUAUCUGACCUCUCAGUUACUUCAAACUUUAUAGCUCAUAAAAUAAAUGUAUCACAAAGUGCUAUUUGACAUGCACUAGGUACUUGUGAAGAGAGUUGAUGGGAGAGGCAACCUGACUAACAGAACGGAUGACUAAGCUUAGUGUUGGGAACUGGAUGGUUUGCUCCUUCAAACUGACUUUUAUUAUGCCCAUUUUACACUGUAGAUAAAAAGAUGGUGGUCAGAAGAGUCUGAAAUACAUGUUCAUCUCUUCCCAGUGUGUUCUCUCAUUACCAGUAUUACACUGAUGACAUUGAUUUCCUCAGUCUUUCACAAUCUCUUAUAUAUAGAGGCAAGAAAGUAAAGAUGUAAACAUACUUCUGAUUGAAAAUGAUUUGUUACUUUCUUUCUCUACAUCAUAUUUUUCCCAUCUUUUCUGCAUUCUAUAAUGACUCAACAUAGUUUACAAAAAAAUAAUCUUAUAUCUUGGAAAUCAUGCCUUCUCAAAUCACCUGUAAUGUUUGAUCUUCCCGGGCAUGGCACAUGGAUACUCUGGAGGAAACAGUGAAAUGUUCUGUAGGCAAAAGAGGAAGAUUUUAAAAUGCACAUGGAAGAAAUGUGGGGUAAACUUGAGUGUCCCUCUGGCUUUUAUCUGACUGACAUGCCAAUAUCUGUUUCAUUUGCUGACUGGAAUCCAGUAGAAAAAAAAAACCCUAUAGACCUGUAAGUAUGAACUGAUUCCACUAGAAAGUAAGGGGGCAAUAUUGUAAAAGAUAGCCCAAGACCACUUGUGUAUUAGUUAAAUGGGCUUGUGAAUUGGAUAAGACUUGGAUGACCUAGACGAUAUCUCCCAAAGGGUGCAUAUGAAGUCACUUUCAGUGAGGUUCCAGUGAGAGGAGAAGGUUGCUCUCAGUCUGGGCAGAACCUUUCUACAGGUGACCCAGAUAUGAAGAGGCCCAAGGAAAAAGCCAUGUUGCCUGGCUGCCUUUACUCCUUUAAGAGUGAGUGCUUCUAACUCUUCCAUUGUCAUCCCCAGCUGGUGUUGGAUAGAAGCUUCCCCAGCCUUCCAGUGUGUACUGAAUACAAGUGUCUCUCUAGGGAUCUUCCAGGUCUUCUUCAGCAAACUGGGACUGCUGAGACAUGCCACCUUUAGGACUCAGCUGCCACCAGGCUCUCAGCCUCGUCAGCAUGCAGAUGGCUACUGUUGAACUAUCCAGCUCCUAUUGUGUAAGUCAAUCCAAUAAAUAUUUUACACCCCCCCACACACACACCCUAUAUAUUCUGUUGGUACUAUUUUUCUGGAGAAUUCUGCUUACUACAUAUGUGAAACCCUGAUUUUUAUAUAUGUACUUUAAAUUUCAAGGUAAUCUACAAAACAUAUAAAACUCCAUGCAUGUAUUCCAGCUAAUGGCAUGAUAAUUACAUGGAACUUUUAGGAUCAGUGAAGUUACUUGGCUGCUAAAACAAUAACAAAAUUUCUAUUGCCAUUAAAACCUUAAGGAGAGUCCAGAACAUCUGCAACACAAUGUUCCCCAAAUCUAGGAUACAGUCCCAAACUACCCAACCUACAACAAAGAAACUUAGAUAUAGAUAGUUAAAGAGGAGGCAGAUAAGUUUUGGAGAGCAACCCCAAGAUGAACUUGUGUAAAUGGGAGAAGCUGGGAAUUUAGAGUAGCUUUAUACCUAUGAUUGAAGAUGGAAUGGGGACAUGCCUAUCACACAUGAAAAGACAAGAAAUAGAUAUCCUGCUGAAGUAAGUCUUGCCCUUAGCUGGACUAUAUGUAGAGAUCAUGUGAAGUUUGUGGUUUAGCUUGAAAUUUAAAGUGCAUGUACAAAACAGAUUUUCCCACAUGUGUUAAGCAGGAUUCUUUAGAAAAACAGAACCAAUAAAUGUGUGUGUGUGUGUGUGUGUGUGUGUGUGUGUGUGUGUGUGUGCGUGUAGAGUACUUAUUGGAUUGAUUUACAGUAUAGGGGCUGGCUAGAUGUUACUAAGUGACUGAGUAGAUAUUACAUAGUGAAUUUUUCACCAUGUAGAAUAACAGGCCACUGAUGGAUUGAGUUAGUAGCUGAACAAGUGAGCAAAAGACGAGUCCUGAUGCCACACUCUACCCCAAACUUCUCCAGCUAAUUGGCUUCGCUUCCUGCAGAUUUUGAUUCCUAUAUAACCCUGCCAUUUUGGUCAUGCUCUCUCUUGGCCCCUCUCUCUUGGUCCUCACUUUUGUCUUCCUCUCUCCUCAUCCUUUCACUCUCUCACCUCUCUUUUCAUGGUCUGCUUCUCUCUUCUAUUUCUUUUUCUAUUCUGUAUGCUUCCAGAUGCCUCUAGCUUUACACUACCUCCUAUCUGCAAUAAAAUUAAAGAAAAAAAAACUUCCCCCCUUAACCAUCCCUUGGAAUGAUCAUCUCCUCACUUUAUACAGUGAGCUGCCAAAUUCUCUCUCUCUCUCUCUCUCUCUCUCUCUCUCUUUCUUUUACACACACACACACACACACACACACACACACACACACACACACACACACUUUGGCUUACUCAAUACUUAAUAAACUCUAUCAUCCAAAACCAAAACCAUGGCUAUCCCAGAUCAUUGUCUGGAUCCCACAGAACAUCACCCUCCAAUGCUUUUCCUUUGAGAUACUGAGAAGUACAACUUUGAAGUGUAACAAAGACAAAGGAGAGUUUCACUAGCACCAACAAUAUACACCGCCCUCUGUAUUCAGUGCCUGUCAGUUUCUAGAAAUGGGAUAUUAUUCUUAUACCACCACAUCUCUGCUUAUCUUUGCAGUUUUUGGAAGGAAGCAUGGAUGACUGUUAUAACCCAUGUCGGUUUUGAGUUGGUUUAGAUUGAGUUUUCCCCUCAUUCUAGGUCACAUUUUUUUGCUUGUUUUGACAACCUAAGCUUGGAUGCUAUCUAUUCUCAAUUUUACCUUGUUAAGUAACAGAUAUUGCUUUUUUUCUGUAACAAUUUCUCAGCUUGGUGUAUUUUAGGCUCAUUAGAAGAGACUGAUCCAUCUGAAUGUUGCAUUUAAGAUUUGUUAGAUGGUACUAGUAGUUUACCUAGAGUUAACUGCUCCCAACUCCAUACUGAGGCAAGCCUCUUGUAAUAGUCUAGCAGAUCCUGAAUGGAUCCUAGAGUCUUUUUGUUUAGUUAGAAGGUACUGUAUCAGCUCUGUUUAUAUGCUGGAUUCUGUUGCCUCUAACCUUCAGGAUGGUCCUUUGUCUGACAGAGCCAGACUACUCUCUCUGUCUUGAAGAGCCCUUAAUGUAGGUUCUGAAUAACUCUUGCAUGUUCUGUUUCUUCUUUUAUCAGCUCCAGAUGCCUUGGUCUUGCUUAGGUAUUGCAGAAUGGCAAUCUCCUGAAAAAUGUAUUAUCUUUGUGUCUUGCAAGUAAUAUGCUUGUCUGAAAUUCUAGUAAUAUUUGUCAACUGCUUGUGAUUAAGGGGUAUGGUGAUACAAUAGCAUCAAACUAUUUCUUACAUUCUAAGAAACUGGAACUUACCCUGGACCUCAUAGCCAGAGUUAAUAAUAUACAUUGUGGUCACUUAAGACUUACGACUGCCGUCCUACUGUGUGUGCUCAGCCUGUUUGUUUAAGUGGCCUUUAAGAGAACAAUGUAACAAUCAAGCCUACCUGCCUUGUAUUUUCUAUGUAAUCAGCUGUUACAAUCUAAUAAAUAGCUGUAAUCCCCA